UAACGUCUGGUUAUCUUGUGUUUCUUAUGAUCUGACCUAUAGAGCUAAACUCUAAGUUAGAUAUAACUGCAAUGUUUAUGAUUUGUUCAAGGUUAGUCUGUCUGUCUUGUCUGUUCAAGGUAAGCUGCAUUCAGACGUUAAGACCCAGCGGAGGCUGCGAAUCGCUUGAAUAACUCGUAAUGCAUUGAAGACUUUUAGCCCUGUGCGCGCGACCAGUGUACAUUCGUACCCAUUGUCUCCAAGGAUAUGCGAUCGGCUUUCAUCUAAAUAUUCGGAGCCUAAACGACUUGGUAAAUGUCGUGGGAGUGGAGUGACAUAUAUUCCCAUCCCUUAUGGAUGAUUUCAACGGUGAUAUUGUCCGUCGUAGUGCGCGCGCAACGGAGAGGUUCGUGGGACCCGCGCGCUUGUCCGGUAAAGUUAAAUGGGAAGACUGCUGUCGUCACUGGUGCCAAUACAGGAAUUGGGAAGUUCAUUGCCCUGGACUUUGCCCGACGUGGGGCGCGGGUGAUCUUGGCAUGCCGAAGCGAAGCUCGCGGGUCAGCAGCUUUGCAGGAAAUCAUUAAAAGAAGUGGUAACCAGAACGUCCAUCUGCGUCUGGUUGACACAUCAUCACUUGAAUCUGUACGGAAGUUUGCUGCUCAGAUCUUGGAGGAAGAGAAGGAAUUGCACAUCCUGGUCAAUAAUGCCGGAGCUUCAGGCCUUCCGAAAGAAAUCACAGCUGAAGGGUUGGACAUCACAUUUGCAACCAACCACAUUGGGCCAUUCCUACUUACCCAUUUGCUUUUAGACCCACUGAAAAAAUCAGCCCCUGCUCGCAUUGUAAAUAUUGCUUCUGUGAAUCACUGGAGAGGUGAAGUGGACUUCUCUCAUUUCCGUGGGGAGAACUUAACUUAUGUGAUGGAUAGUGCGUAUAAUCACACCAAGCUACACAAUGUCAUUUGGACGAAUGAGUUGGCACGCAGGCUUCAGGGCACAGGUGUCACAGCAAACUCUUUGCAUCCUGGUGUAGUUAUGACAGAAGUCAUGAGAAACUAUAACUUCAUUGUCCGAUUCAUCUUCAACGUGGUUGGAUUUUUCUUCUUUAAAAGCUCUGAAGAGGGAGCAGUCUGCCCAGUAUACUGCGCUGUGUCAGAAGAAGCAGAAGGAAUAACUGGGAAGUAUUUUAAUAGUGACUGUUCCAUAACUUUACCUGCUCCUCCUGCCAGAGAUCCGGCGGUUGGAGUGAAAGAAUAUGAGAUCUGUGAGAGACUGACAUCUACAUGUUAAUUCCAUCAGACAUAAAAGAGACAAUUCCUGUUUAUCCAACUUCUUACUUUUUACAGUAUAAGCUGUCACUAAGGCAAGCAAUACCCUUUUUUUAAAGGUCCUAAUACAUACCUUUGAGGUACUAAUAUACAAUCUUUGGUACCAAUAUGUACCAAAGAGUUACUAAAAUAAUCUCUUUUGGGGCGGUUUCCCAGACAGGGCUUAUCAGUCCCAGACUAAAAUGCAUGUUUGAGCUGCCUUAAUUUCAAAACACCUUGUACUGACAUGUCUUUGUUUUGUCUCAAGACACCUGCAUUGUUUAUUGUAAGGUUUGCUUGUAAAAAUGACUUACAGUACAGUACUGUGUAAAAGUCUUGGGCCAUCACCGCCAGACUUGUUGUUUUAGAAGUUUUAAUUUCCAUUCAUAUUUACUUUUCAAUUUAUUUUAUUAAGAUACAAACAGAAAAUACAGGAAAUAUGUAAAAAAAAAAAAUUUUCAGGACUAAAUGUCUUCUUUAGGCAUCGUCUGUGUUUAGUGUGACCUUGAGUGUUUUUUUUAGCAGAAUGAAGUAAAAAGACUAAUUUCUUUAAAAUUAUAAAUUAGGAUUUAAUUUUAUUUAGGUUUAAAGGAUUAGUCAAUUUUUU